ACGUCGACGUCCGUCAGUGUGAUGUAGAGCUUUGAACGAGAAACACGACCCCGACGACACGCGGACCUACAGCUCGAAUUCCGGCAGGACCACCCUAACUGCGCCAAAGACGCCUAGCCUCAAACGGAGGAGGGACGAAAAAGGACUUUGGUCUAGCACCCGCGCGCCAGUUUUCCGAGGAAAUCGAUUAUUUUUGACGUGCGCGCGUGUGUCAUUGUGCGAGUGUGUGUUCGUCUGCGGGACAGAAUUUUCCCUUUUUGCCGAAAAUUUUCCCAAUUUUUCAUCCUCUGUCGCCGCCCACAGGAGGCUGCAGUUUUUCGUCUCGUUCUCUCACUCUUUCUCGGGCUCACUCUGGUGUCAUCAAUUAUUUGCAAGUGAUAGAAGAUAAUUUGUCGCCAGGAGAGAAGAAGAGAGCACUCAAAAGAGUGUGUGUGUGUGUUUUUGGGGAAAAUUCAAACGACAUCGCAAGGAAAAUAAGUAACGAAAUCAAAAAAUCGAUCAACCGUACAAGAAUGUGGAGAAGAGCAAAAGAAUGAUGGCAGUGAGGAGUGCAUAAGAGCCAAAGAAGCAAAAGAAAAAAAGCUGAACCAGACGAAAUUUCUCUGUGAUUUUUAGUUUAAAAAUACGAAUAAUUCAAGUAGCAAAAGAAAGCGACACACACAGUGACAAAAUAAGCAGAAAUAAAAAUCAUCAAAAGAGUGCAAAAAGUUCACACAUCCAAAAAACCAAAACCAACACCUAAGGUUUCGCUGUCUCGCAGCAUCCGAAAAAUCGCCAAGUAAAACAUCUCAAAAAAGUAGCCAAAACCAACCACAGCAAAAAUGACAACCACGACGGCCGGACCGGCGUCGGCGGCGGUGACCAGCAGCGCCCAAAACACCCAACGGAUGGGCUCCAUCGUCCUCAAGAGCCUCUCCAUUCUGCUAGGGUUGUUCUUCAUCUUUAUCGGGCUCAUGAAACUGACGCCCCACAUCAGCAAGGAACUGCACCGGGAUCUGCGCAAAAACUACGUCAAAUACGCAAAGGUGUUCCCGUGUUCGACGCUGUUCGACUUCAAGCUGCCCUCGAAGUGGUACCGCCGGUCCGUCGGCGGCCUGGAGGUGCUGUGUGGCCUCGCGAUGGUACUCAUUCCCAGCCAUAAAGUGAAAAACGUGGCCAACGUGACGCUGCUGAUGCUGAUGUUCCUGGCCGUCUACUCGCACUACAUGGUGAGCGAUCCGUUCGAGCGGUGCGGUCCGGCCCUGGUGUUCACCUUCAUGCUCAUCGGCCGGCUAGUGAUAUGGUAUCAGUCCAGCAGACGGGAGGCGCAACUCGCCAGCGACAAAGCCACCAACAAUGGCCUCAAGCAGGAAUAAGCAGCCAGGCGUUCGCAAUCUCUGAUCUCAUCAAUAAAUAACAAGCAGCCGAGCGGAAAAUAGAACAUUGCAGUACCCAGCAGGAUAACGAGUCCUCCUACUCCUUCUGGAGCCCAAACUGGAGCUCCUCGUCGAACAGCGGCAUGCGGCACCCACAUGUGAAGAAGAACAAGAUGAAGAAAAUGAACAAACUCGCGGUUGAUGUUUCUCGUGUUCACAAACCUACACUGGUACACACACUUACACAAAAAAAAACACACACAUACACUCACCUUCCUAAGUGUAAAAGAAAAGCAAAAAAGAGAAGAGACUCUACAAGGAUCCGCAAGGAUUCCACUACUAACUUAACUAAUUAGAAUAUCUCUAUUCAACGACCAGAGCAGAGCUGGAAUCUUCUGCCUUUUUUUUUCUUUGGAAUAUAACACGGAAUUUCCCUUCGACCCUCAACGAGCAGCAAAAAUAUGAUUUCCUCCCUUUUUUCUUUCAAUUAUCGAGGAGAAUUCCCACACCAGACGAACAACAAAGUUUGUUUAUAGUUGAAUGUGUUCAUUAGAACAAGAAACUCUACCAUCUCUAGUCAGUUGUAUAAUUUCUUAAAUAGCUAAUCAAGUAAAGGUUAGGGAGAACUAAAGCGGCUCGAGGCUAGCGCAAAUUUCUGUUGUAAUUUUUCGUUCUACUCGCGACUCGCACCCUCGGUAACUCCCGCGGGUGGGAAAGUUUCAAAAUCUAAAACUUAUCUAUUUUGAAGAUAAGCUUAAAAGACUUCGGCGCAACUGUUUCUGUUUUCUCCCAAUUAAUUGAAGGCACUGUAACUUGUUUGUAAAAACCGAGAGAGGUGAAAAUCAUUUAAAUUACACUGAAUGUAAUCAACCAUUGCACAACUAAGAAAAGCACACAACAAACAAAAGCAAGCAGUUUCAUUAGCAGUUGGAGUAAGUUAAAACUAAUAACUUGAUCAUUGAAGCAGCACAUUGUAACAACUUAUAACAAUUAUUACGUCUGCGUCCGUGUGUGUGACUCGAAACAAGUGAAUUUGAUGCUAGGGUUUUAAUCACCAAGAAUGUAAGAGAAUAAAAGACAACCUUUAACCAAAUAAAUGAAAUUAUACUUGCACAAACGUUGUUUCAAGAAAAGAAGUUAUUUGCAGCUAUCGCAAAGAUUACCGAAACAAGCCAACUAAAAAGGCAUAAACUCUCUAAAACAGGCGAAAGGCACUCAACAAAAUAUCACUACAUUUUGCAAUAGAUCAACGCUGAACAGCAUCAGACAACCCAGAGUUACAAGUAAAUAACCAUUGAACAAACGAGACACUACAGAAGCAAAAUAGCCACACUCACAAAACAAAUUACUGAAAGUUUAUACGAAAA